CGUUAAGUGAGGGUGUAAACAUGUAUUUAAUGUGUUUUCAUUAUUUUGAUUGAAUAGUUUUUCAUAUAUUUCAUACAUUUACUUUAACUUUGGGCAAAUGUGUAUAAAAUGUACUUAUGCAAUUCAACUUUCAACCAAUUUUUAGUUAUUAAAGUGAAACCUUUCAAUGGCUAGUGACAGCGACAAAAGUUCGAAUAAUCUUGAUUUGGAUGGAUAUUUGAAAAACAACAAGAAACAAGGGAGUGGUGGAAAUAUUGGUGACAGCGGUGACAAAACAAACCUGGGUAUUCCCCCAGUUGGCAAAGGCGGACGGCAUUUGUCCAUACCCUUUGAUUCAGCGACUGCUAAUGGUGAUUUAACCAAGAAACAAAAUGGCACAACAGUGCGCACCAACAGCCUGGGGUCGGGCGCGCGAACGCCGCCGGUGGAGCGGACCAAGUCCAAGUUCUCGGCCCUCGGUAGGCUCUUCAAACCUUGGAAGUGGAAACGGAAAAAGAAGUCGGAGAAGUUUGAAGCAGCCUCUAGAACUUUAGAAAGGAAGAUAUCCGUCCGAGCAAAUAGAGAUGAGCUUGUGCAGAAAGGGAUCCUCCUGCCGGAGAGUCCCUGCGCGCCGGUCCCCGAAGCUAAUGAAGACUCCCCCACAUACGAAGAGGCGGCGCGCGCCGAGCAGAAUGUGAUGGACCGCGGCAUCAGCAACGCGCACGCCGCGUUGCAGGCGCAGCUCGCGUCGCAGCUGCAGCACCAGCAGGCCGCGCUCGCCAGCGCGCUCGCCGCCGCGGCCGCGCACCACUCCAUACACAACAACAACAUAGAACCAAAGAAAGACAAAUUGGAAAAUGGCGGCGAGCUGAUGAGGCCCGAGCGUCCGAACUCCUUGACAGCAGGCAAGCACACGCGGCGGAUAUGUUAUCAAGGAGACGUAGUAGGCGGUUACGGGGAGCCCGGCGGCGACGAACAACUAGUGCUGUCCGAGCUGCCGGAGCCGCCGAUCGCGCUGUCGGAGAUCGGGCCCAUCCCGCCGCCGCCCAUGUUCAGCUCGCCCAGCCCCACACGCCACCAUCACCAGCACCAGCAGCAUACGCACGAGGACUCCGAGGACGAGGACGACGCGGACUCGGAAGAGGAGCUCCCAGUAACGGACACGUCUCGCGUGGAGGAGAUCCCGCCGAAGGAGCCUAGCUUCAACGCCGUGCCUCUCAAGUCGGCGCUCAAGAAGCGGACCGGCGACGCCGGCACGCCGCUCGCCACGCCGCUAGCGCCCCGCCAAGAUCACCACCAUGCUAGCUUCAAACGGCCGCCGCCGAAGCCGAGGGCCAGAUUCUGCAGUCGGCCGGUGCGGGUGGGCAACGCCAUGGAAAACAAGGAGAACGCUCGGCCGUGGGAGGGCGCGGGCGAGUACCGAGAGGAACACGCCACUGAAUCUGACCGCGUCGCCGCCAAGCUCGCGCGCAAGGAGAGCCUCAACAUCAAGCUCGCGCUGCGGCCCGACCGGCAGGAGCUCAUUAACAGGAACAUCCUGGUGGUGCAGAGCGAGUGCGAGCGGCAGGAGUCGUGGGAGGCGAUCGGCGCGCGCCUCAUCCGCCGCCUGUCCAUGCGCCCCACCGCCGAGGAGCUCGUCGAGAGGAAUAUACUCAAAAGUCAAUCACCUGCUGAGGAAAAGAAACAGAAAGAAGAAAAGAAACGGUAUCUUCUUCGUAAGCUUAGCUUUCGACCGACCGUCGACGAGCUCAAGGAGAAGAAGAUUAUACGUUUCAGUGACUACAUUGAGGUUACACAGGCCCACGACUACGACCGGCGCGCGGACAAGCCGUGGACGCGGCUGACGCCGCGCGACAAGGCCGCCAUCCGCCGCGAGCUCAACGAGUUCAAGAGCUCCGAGAUGGCCGUGCACGAGGAUAGCAAACACCUCACGAGGUUCCACAGACCAUGACGGCUGUGCACGGAGCUGGCCCCGCGCCGCCGCGGUUGAGGCGGUCGUGACGGUAACAUGACUGACGUAUCCACUGACAUUACUGACCCGCGCCGGGACCCGGCCCGCGCAGCAGCCGGCCCGCAUCGGUAAAGUGUUGAUUAUUCUAAAGUUACGUUGUACCGCCAUUCUAAACUUACGUUUUGUAUAUGCGUCCCGUGAGUGCAAUCUUGUUUUAAUUGACUUUUUAUUGUAAUCCUAGUUAUUGCCGAGUACAAUUUUAUUACUUUAAUGGUAUCGUUUUAUGUUAAGUCGUAUUCUAAGCGUACCUAUACAUUCUUUGAAUUGACCUUCGCGAAAGGUUAGUGAUACUGAUUAUUAUGAUGGAGAUUAUGUGCUUGAAGCUCGGUGUAUGUGAGAUUUUUUGAAAUGUGAAACGUAUCCAUCAUAUGUAGAUUUGUGAUUUUUUUCUUAUAUAGCUAUUAGCUCCGUAGUCAUUAAGCUAGAUUCGAUUUAAAUCAUAUUUAUUUCACAUAUAUUUUUAUGGUCACAAUAAAUUUUAACUAAUAAUUUGAAAAUUAGAGCUUUAUUGAGGGCGUACAUUUUAAAUUUAACUUUGGUCGCGUGUCUUAUUGUUGUUGAAAGCAAUUUUAAAACUAUGGCCAUGAGAUACUGCCACUAAUUUAAACUGUUUUGUCGUGAAACGUUUGUAGUUCAUUUAAAAAGGCAAUGUGAUAUCGCCUGCGACGUAAUCGCAGUUAGCUUGUUGCAUUACACUGUUCAACACAAACGAACCUACAUGUACCGUAUACAAGACUUUGCGUAGGGAUGUAGGUGUUAUAUUGGUAUACUGGUGUCAAUCAAUAAAUAUAAUCCAACUAACGUAGGUUUCAAAAUUUGGAUUCCACAAUUGACUUAAACAUUCGAGAGAUUGAGAAGUGCUUCCAGAUGCUGUGUAAUGUAACAAUAAACAAAUUAGAACAUAGAUGCCAAUAAUAAUGUAACUUCAAAAAGUAUUUAGUUAUUCUUUUUUUUAUAUUGAUAUCAAAUUUCGAACUCGAGCAUUCCUUUAAUCGAAAAUGUCGUAGCUAACCACCCAACAUUUAUUUCCAUUUUUAUGGAUGGUUAUAUAUGUAGCUUUGAACAUUCGCUUAGUAACUACGACACAGCGACUGAACUUGGAGAUCCUUCUCACUUGAGAAUUUAAGGAAUAAGUAGUAAAUCGACGACAUAUUUUAGUACAGGGAAAUGCACAGUGAUUACAAAACGCACAGACAGCGUACUGUAAAAGUUCACGUUAUCAUAGCUAAGAAGAAACUCGUUCUAGGGGGCGCGAGGUAACAGAUCUCUUAUCAUAGACAAUUGGUAGCACAGGCAAAUCGGCGGGAACAACUUGUUAAACAUCUUGACGCUCUAUCUUAGGACUAGCGUUGAACGAAGUAUUGCGUAAAGGACUUAGUAAAUUGAUCGAAUAAGCUCGUAUAAAGUUGUAGAUGUUAAAUUAAUAUAAAUGCGCCUUCUGACAUUACAUUAUUAUCGUUUUGUACUGUAUCAACGGUACGUUGUAAUUGAAGUACCUUUUCAUUUCCUCGAGAACGUUUGUAUCGUCUAAUAUUAAUAGUAUAGAUAGAGAGCAAUAAUAAUAUCAGUUUUGUAUAUGGAUAUGUGAAAACUUUAAAUCUUUAGUGUUCAGAACAUGUUUUUAAUUAUUAGUAUGUAUAAACUCAUGAUUAGAGAUGUAUUAAAAAUCAUUUUAUAUCGCAAUGUUUAGUAGCGGUGCCAUUUUGUGACGUGUUUUAUACUAAAGUCAAGCGUACCUACUUGUGAAUAUUAACAAAGUUAAGUAGACCACACGGUACGGCACCAUCGUAAGACACAGUAAACGGACCUUUCGUCGACUUUAUUACAAGGACUUAUGGUCGACCAAGGGUUAAUUACUGUGUUGAUGUCAGUACUAGUGAGUACCCGGUCACGAGCUCUGCCGCGGCGCGCGCUGCGAGCCCGCACUGGGUCGGCUGCGUCGUGUGGCCGCGGCCACUCCUAUUCUAUACCGACCAUAACAUUGUCAUUAACAUAAAUUUAUGUAUUACUACACAAUCAUUUAAUUAUAAUUAUCUCAUGUUAAGCGACUUCGUAAUCACAGUACUUUAUGCAAUAUUAUAAUAGAGAGCUACAAGAGUUGUAAAUGGUGGUUAACUUUGAGACCAUUCCAUUAUAGUUACAAUUGGAAGCCAAAAUGACGACUUAUUUUUCUAAAAUGUUUUGUUAGAUUUGCAAAUAAAACGUUAAAAUAAAAUGUAGGCGUUAAUCGAUAUUGUAUUAAUAAGAAGACAUUCAGAUUUCCAAAGAUCUAAGGCUCAACUAAAUUCUUUUAGCUAGCUUAUGUAUUGCCAUUAUAAUUAUGUAUAUAUGUUAUUGCGAUAUAUCGUGCGACUGUUGAUGUCUCAAGUGACUGUUGGGGAAGUGAGUAUAUAUUUAGCUGUUAUAUCGAAGAUACAUCGCGUGCAAUUCACGGGGUUGUUAAACGAAAAUUAUGAUCAAGUCGUCUUUGUGCGUAGUUUAGUUAGGAUUUACAAACGAAGGUAAUGUACAGCGAUGUCACUUCAAUUUAGCCGCUUCAAUAGAAACCUUUGCGUUCGAGUACCAAUCACGAUCAUAGUUGAUAAUUAGAACCUUUACUUUGAGUAAAAAUAGAUACUUACCAAAAUAUUGUGAUACAACUUUUUUAACUGUAGUUUUCGCUCGGUUUAUUAAAACACUUUCUUUUCUUGGUAUUAUAGAGAGAAUGUCAAAGCGAACAUGGUCAAUACACUAAAUUGUGUAUAAAGUACAUAUGAAAAAAGUUAUGAAUAUUUAUUUAGACACUUUACGUAGAAUGUUCACGACUAUCUCGACUCCCAGAUAUGUAUCCGAUUAGUGUAAGCACAUUUGUUCAAGUAUAUUCUGGGCACUUGCCAAAUUAAUUUCCUAGAUUAUUGUUACAGUUUUAUGACAUUCUCUUACAUGUUAACCUCGAAGGUGCUAUAUGUUAGCAAUAUGAGUGCGCACCAACCAAUUGUCAUGGCUAACGAUAGUAUUCCAUAAUGAGAUUUAUGUGUAUAAAUUUACAUUUGACAAGGCGUUCUCGGCAACUGUGUUGUAGCUAGAGAAUUUAUUUUUAUACUUAGUAUACAGGGGUGUUUAUGAAAAGCAAAACGUAUAGUUUGCAUUUUUGAUGUCAUACCUUAUUCAAGUCUUUUAUGCACGUGUUUAUUCUUUUUUAUAAUAAAUUUGUGGUAAACGUAAGAAUAUGUUAAUCUUGUUACAAGAAUUAUGAUACAAUUGUAUUAUCAGCAACAAGUCAUUUUGAAUACAGAUUGCAAAGUACCAAUGAGAACAUGUCUGUAUAUAAUUUUAAUUAUGAUGUAAAUUACGGAAUCUCUUAUUUCCAACGGUAUCGCGCGUCUCUUUUGUGCUACUACGAUAUAUAAAUUGCUACCAUCAGUAAUCAGUUUACUGUUGCUUUUAUUUGAAUAUUGUGUAAAUUAUUAAUGACAUGUUGUAAUAAGUAUAUUUUAUAAUAGCCAUAAUUACUUGUUUUAUAUAAGGUAAGUCUGUAAAUACCAUGAUUAUACAUUAAGUUUUAUACUC